UUUUAAGUGUUAAAUCUAUAAAUAGAAUAAUAUAAGAUGGUAUGUAUGUAAAUCUCGCAAAAUUUAUGCAAUAUAUUAUGCAAAAUAGUUAUUCAUCAACCAUAUUAUAUUAACAUAACAAACUACACAACCCAAGCCAUGGCGGGAAGAAAUUGUUUUGCUUUUGUAGUUCUUUUAUAUUUUUGUUAGUGGAAUCGAAUUCCCAACUCUAAUCCAGCAUUCACAUCUUUUGGGAACGCUUGGGCCUCGACUGGAGUGGCAAGCUCCGCAGAGGUAGAUGGCAAACAAACUUGUAGCACAUAUGGGUCUCGCUCAAUCCAUCGCUAAUCGUUUGGCGGCACGCAACAUCCGAACUGCAAAGGAUGCUCUCUCAUUACCCGAAUUCGACCUAAUGACUCUUCUUGGAGUUGAUAUGAAGGAUGUCAAGGAAGCUGUGGCGCGCAUCAGCGAGGUCGCGUGUCCUCCCUAUCAAACUGCGCUUUCGCUUCUGGAAGAGCGGCUGAUGAAUGAUACAUCUGGUGGUCGUCUUCCUACGUCUCUGACGGGUCUUGAUGAUGCUUUGGGCGGAGGUAUCCCAUUUGGUGUUCUCACAGAAUUGGUUGGUCCCUCAGGGAUUGGCAAAAGUCAGUUUUGUUUAAAACUCUCACUAUUAGCAGCUUUGCCUGCCAGUUAUGGAGGUCUAGAUGGUCGUGUGAUAUAUAUUGAUACCGAGUCAAAAUUUAGUUCACGCAGGAUGAUAGAGAUUGGAAGGAAUAGUUUUCCUAAGAUAUUUCAUUCUGAAGGGAUGGCACAGGAGAUGGCUGGAAGAAUAAUAGUUCUGCGCCAAACAUCAUUAUCAGAAAUUACUGAGAGCAUGAUACUUCAAUGUCAAUUCCUCCCUCUACAUAUUUAUGAUCAAGUUACUAGAGCUUCAUGCUUUGUUUAUUUCUUCCGUUCAUAUUGCAGGGAAAAAGGAAGUAGUAGUAGUAGUAUGUCUGGGAGUCAUCCGCCGAAAUGCCCUUUUUCAUUUUUGAAGUCCAUUGCCGAGUUUUCUCGUAUACCUAUUGUGGUGACAAACCAAGUGCGUGGUCACAACAAUGAAGAAAUCUCUCGGUAUUCAUUUUUAGGGAAAGACACUGAUCUUAGUGUUGAGAAGUUUGAGACUCAUCAUGUUGCUGCUUUGGGGAUUCAAUGGGCGCAUGCGGUAACCAUACGUCUUAUCUUUGAGGCUCAUUCAGGUCAGAAAUUUAUAAAGGUGGCAAAAUCCCCGUUCUCUCCACCACUAGCAUUUCCAUUCACGGUGACUUCAUCAGGGGUCACAUUACUCGCUGAUGAUGGUAUUGAAAUGAUAGGACAGGAGAUCGGCAUGAUCCGUUGUCAAGGUUUGUCAAUGGACUGAGACAAUGCUAUCAAAGGAAA